CAUGGCUGCAUCCAUGGCUUGUCAGGCUGUUGCAAGAAGUCUGCGUGGGGCAAGCGCUAGUCGCUUGUUACUUAAUAAAAGCAAGUUGUCGCGUGUGAGUUCGCGGCGAUGGCUGAACCUGCAGGAGUACCAGAGCAAGAAGCUGAUGCAGGAGGGCGGCGUGGCCGUGCAGCGCUUCUACGUGGCAGACUCCGCCCCCGACGCCCUGGAGGCCGCCAAGAAGCUCAAUGCUAAGGAGAUCGUCCUGAAGGCCCAGAUCCUGGCAGGCGGACGAGGGAAGGGCAUGUUUGACAGCGGCCUUAAGGGAGGAGUGCACUUAACCAAAGACCCUGCAGUAGUGGGAGAGCUGGCCACCAAGAUGCUGGGCUACAGCCUGACCACCAAGCAGACCCCCAAGGAAGGAGUCAAAGUCAAGACGGUGAUGGUUGCCGAAGCGCUGGACAUCACCAGGGAGACCUACUUCGCCAUCCUCAUGGACCGCGCCUGCAACGGGCCGGUGAUGGUGGGCAGUCCGCAGGGAGGCAUGGACAUCGAGGAGGUGGCCGCCAGCUCUCCGGAGCUCAUCUUCAAGGAAGUCAUAGAUAUAUUUGAGGGAGUACGAGAUGACCAGGCGCUGCGCAUGGCAUCCAAUUUAGGUUUCAAAGGACCUCUGGAGAGACAGGCAGCGGAUCAGAUUAAGAGGCUCUAUGAUCUGUUCCUGAAAGUCGACGCCACUCAAGUCGAAGUCAAUCCUCUGGGCGAGACUCCCGAAGGACAAGUGGUAUGCUUUGACGCUAAAAUAAACUUCGAUGACAACGCCGAGUUCAGACAGAAGGCCAUCUUUGCCAUGGACGACAUGACGGAAAGUGACCCCACAGAAACGGAGGCUGCCAAGUAUGAUCUAAAGUACAUCGGAUUGGAUGGCAACAUUGCUUGCUUUGUGAAUGGCGCCGGCCUCGCCAUGGCAACGUGUGACAUCAUCGACCUGCAUGGAGGCAAGCCCGCCAACUUCCUGGACCUGGGAGGCGGAGUCCAGGAGAACCAGGUGUAUCAGGCAUUCAAGCUCCUCACUGCCGAUCCAAAGGUGGAGGCCAUCCUGGUGAACAUCUUCGGGGGCAUCGUUAACUGUGCCAUCAUUGCCAACGGCAUCACCAAAGCCUGCCGGGAGCUGGAGCUCAAAGUGCCGCUGGUGGUGCGCCUGGAAGGGACCAAUGUUCAGGAGGCUAAGCGGAUCCUGUCGGAGAGUGGGCUGCCCAUCACGGCCGCUGACAACCUGGAGGACGCUGCCAAGAAGGCCGUGGCCAGCAUCAAGAAGUAGACACUCGACUCCCAUCCAUCCAGACAACGCCAGCGUCCAGGACCACACGCACACACACACACACACACACACACACACACACACACACACACACACACACACACACACAUACAUACUCUCUCUCUCUCACACACACACAUACUGAAGCACAUGCAAAACACACAUAACUUCAGUGUUUCUAAUUUGUCAGGUUAACUCAGGUUGGUUCACAUUAAUUCACCUUUGUGUCUUCUUUUUGUUUUGUUUUUAAUUCCUCAAUGCCACUCAUUUGAUAGCCUUGUUAACUCCUCUGGUUGUUCAUGCCGUCUUUGAUGAGUCUUGCACUAAGGUUCUCGUUCUUCUUCAUGACGCAAGUGUCUUGCCACCUCAUUGUAAGUCUGCACACAAAAGUGAGAAAAUGGUCAUGUAGCCUGAGGAAGUAUCCGUCUUUGUUGGCAUCGCAAGAGCCAUGAAGCUGUUAAGAGAGGUGACGAUAUCUCGCAAGGGUUUUUGUCAGUCGGUCGACGCACAGAUUUAAAAGCGCCUCGUGUAACACUUCAAUUACUACUGUGAUUCCUUCUUCUACCGACCCACUCAUGCCCUCCGUAAAAGGUCUUGUUCUUUUUUUUUACGCUUGCCUUCUCAAGUGAAAGCUGUUCUUUAAGUCACUCAACCUCAUUGCCUUGGUUCUAAGAUGAGUUAGCUGUUCUGUUUGUAUGUUUUGUUGUCUGUCUGUUUUUUUUUUUUUUUUUAAGCUUUAAUGGGAAGUUUUAAGAAAGGAUUAUUGUCUGGUUAUUUGGGGUUGUCUGGUGCUUACUUAUAUGAUGAUGUUGUUUUAUGAAGUGCAAUCCCACAAACACCUUGAGUAUGUGAUGCCUUGGUCUGAUCCAUCCAAUUUUGUUAAUUGCAUUUUCUUCAUUUUUUUCUUAACCAACCUGAGAGUUGUUGUUUUGUUCAGAACCUUAUUUUUUCAGUUUCCCGGGGGUUAUGCCAAGUGGAUGGUUGUUAAUGUGAAAACUUUUAACCCUGGUUUCGAUGUGGGUUCCAGAAGCAGGAGUAGGGCUUUGGUGGCUGACCCUAUUCAGAAACCAAAGUGAAGCCAUACAUCAGGCGUUUUAGAAAUAUCGUUAAGUUCCUUUGUGCUCGCUUAAAAUCAUGCCAACAGCUCAGUUCUUGGCUUUGAUUUUCAUAUGAAAUUCUAUUGCUGGAGGUUGUGACAGGACUGGAGGAGAUAUUUUUGUAAUAACCUGUAUAAUUUUUACAUGUAACUUUUGGACGAGAACGUGCACUAAAAUGUUAGCAGUUAGCGUACCACUGUGCCUACUGCAGUUUGAUGUGAGCAAAUAACAUCAAAUGACAAUAAAAAAGCAGCUCAAGGUCAUUCCUGUUUCUACAGUAGGCCAUUUUAGUUUUUCUCUGUCCAAAUAGCUAAUAAUACACUAUUGUAAUUAUCUUUUUUUGUAAUCAUGAAAGUAUUUUAUGAAGCAAUACAUUUGUCCAUUCUAUUGAUGACUUGUAUGAAAACAUUUAAAUAAAGAGGGAUUGAUGGAGAUAAGGA